AUCGUAGGUGAGGCCGGCGGCGUGGAUCCUUCCUUUGGGUAAAUCCUCUGCUUUGGCAACUACUUCUGGGGAACGGAGGCAGACAGAAAUUUGGGGAGGACAGAAUUCAACUGUCGUCUUCUCAGCGGGUAACUGUCUGCUCCUAGCGUUGUGUAAUAAGAGAGAAAGCGGUCACCCUCCCCCUGUUAUUUGAGAUGCUUUACAUGAUUGGUUUGGGCCUGGGAGAUGCUAAGGACAUCACAGUCAAGGGCCUGGAAGUUGUCAGACGCUGCAGUCGAGUGUAUCUGGAAACCUAUACAUCAGUCCUGACUGUAGGGAAAGAAAUUCUGGAAGAGUUUUAUGAGAGAAAAUUGAUCCUUGCUGAUAGAGAAGAAGUGGAACAGGAGGCAGAUAAUAUUUUAAAGGAUGCUGAUAUCAGUGAUGUUGCAUUCCUUGUAGUUGGUGAUCCAUUUGGGGCUACAACACACAGUGAUCUUAUUCUGAGAGCAACGAAACUGGGGAUCCCUUACAGAGUUAUUCACAAUGCGUCCAUAAUGAAUGCUGUAGGCUGCUGCGGUUUGCAGCUGUAUAAGUUUGGAGAGACAGUGUCUAUCGUUUUCUGGACGGACACCUGGAGACCAGAAAGCUUCUUUGAUAAAGUGAAGAAGAACAGACAAAAUGGCACGCACACGUUAUGCCUACUAGACAUCAAAGUAAAGGAGCAGUCUUUGGAAAAUCUAAUCAAGGGAAGAAAGAUCUAUGAACCUCCUCGGUAUAUGAGUGUCAACCAAGCAGCCCAGCAACUUCUGGAGAUUGUUCAGAAUCAGCGAAUACGAGGAGAAGAACCAGCAGUCACCGAGGAGACACUCUGUGUUGGCUUAGCCAGGGUUGGAGCUGAGGACCAGAAAAUUGCAGCAGGCACUUUGCAGCAAAUGUCUACUGUGGACUUGGGAGGACCAUUGCAUUCCUUGAUUAUCACUGGAGGCAGCUUGCAUCCACUGGAGAUGGAGAUGCUAAGUUUGUUUACCAUACCAGAAAAUAGCUCAGAAUCCCAAAGCAUUGGUGGACUCUGAAUACAGGCAUUUUCUAUUGCAAGAUGUUAAUUUCAGUCAUAUAUACACAUACACGUAUUUGUAUAACAAACAGGUCUUUUGGUUUACCUAAUAAGUAUAAAUUGAGUGACCAAGAAGAAAGAUAUUCCAACAGUGCUUGGUUUCCUGUGUCAAUGAGUUUUUACCCUGUGAUAUCAUCAGUUGUUGCUGCUAUUUUGGCAAUUUUUCAGGAUGAACAUACGUGGAACAGAACAAACUGGAGAACUUACAGCUAGAUAGCCAUAGACAGAAUCAUUUAAAAGCAAUGUCUGUUUAUGAAACCAGUUUAUACAAGAUAGAACUUUCUUCUCUCUUGAAAAGUCUGAUGUCCUGACUGCGAGAUACAUUGUCCUGACAGCAUGUGGUAUUAAUGCAUAUAAACAGAGAUGAGACAGCACAUGGUAUUAAUGCAUAUAAACAGAGAUGAGAAGAAUAUGUUACCAGCCAACAGUCCCACUUACUUAGGGCUCAACUGAGCACACGCCACAGCAUGACAUCCUUUUGCAUUGCUUUGUCUUCUUUAGCUGAUGUCCUAAUUAUGUGCCUCAUAUUCUGCUGUAUUUUGGAGGUUAUAUAAUUAUUGAAUUAUAAAUGUUCAGCCAGCCAUGUACAGUUGCUGUUUGGUUUUAAAUAGCAUCUUUCACAUCCAAGCUGAAAAGUGGAAUAUUUGCUGACUACAAAAUAAAGUUUUUAUAAAUUUAAGGUCGAAGACAACAAUAGAUUGGUCAAGAUUUGUCGUAUCACUUAACAGUUAAUAUGCCUCCUAUAUAUGCAAGUAGCCACAUUCUUCUUCCUAGUUGUAAAUCACACUUCAUUUAUUAUGUUUCAUGACUAUGAAGUGUUAUACUUUUUGUCAGUUCAUAAUAGAAAUAGCCUUGCUCCAUGGUAGUUUAGUUGGUCUAACUCUGAUUUCAGUUGACCCUUGAACAACACAGGUUUGAACUGUGUAGGUCCACAAAAUAUAUACUAAGUAUUGCACAGUCUGGUUGGUUGAAUCUGCAGUUGGUUGAAUCCAUGGAUAUGGAACCACAGAUGUUUUCAACUGCAUGGAAGAGUCAGUUCCCCUAAUUCCUAUAUUGUUCAAGGUCAGUCACUCCAUUUCCAUGGCCUAAUCAGUUUAUCUGACCUCUUUGCUCAGUAGAUUUACUAAAAGUUGAGCAACUGUUUCUCUACUUUCUGGGAGCAACAGUUAAUAGGAGAUUAUUUUGAGUUAUUUUAUUUGAGAUAAAUGAUCUUAAUAUAUGUGAACCAUUCUACUUUCAAUCUGUCAGAUGCAAAAUAAGAGAGACCCAAGGACAUUUAAGUAACAGUUCUGUAUCUUUUUUCUAAGGCAUUAAAUUAAACAGUGAAGAAUUAUAAAAUGAAGGCCUUCUGAUUUGGGUAGUGGUGGAAUAGCUUGUAAUGUACAAACUCUCCCAAUGAUAAACUCUGGGAAAAUAUAAUAAAUAACUGUCUAAAGGCACCAAGGAGUGACCAGAAAUAGUAAGAGAACUAUACUUACAUGAUUUUUCCCUCAGGGCCUUUACAAAUCAGUCUAGUGAGUAGGAAGCUAGAAAGGAAGAGAAAGUUGCAGUCUUAAUGACUUAAGCUGUUGGAAUUGGCUGCUGCUGGAGGAGCUGUGAAUUGAAGGAGGAGAUUCUAGAAGUGAAGGUAGCUCUGAGGGAAGAGACUUCUAAUCUGCAUGUGAUUUCCUCUUGAAUCUUUGGCUAACUCUGGCAUUGUGCAUGUGCAGGGAAGACUCCAGUGAACCUGGUGGAAAGCUGUAGCUGGGAGGCUGAAAAAGCUGAGCAGAGAUUGUUGCUCUCUGUUGCAAGAGAACUUAAGAGUUUGAAUCCCAACAAGUUAGAAAGCCUUUAUCUUAGACUUUGCAUCAAAUCCCUAGAAUGGUUGUAUAUAGCAGUAAAGGCUGUGCCUAGGGCUAAGGAUUUGUGCUAAAACUAAAGACAGAAUCUUUAACAUAAUGUGAAAUCAAGCCUCCAUAAAAUCAAGGUGACUAGCCAAUAAUUACCUGCCUGCUAGAACAAAGGUUAUCACUCCAGAGCAUGAUAACAAAAUGAAUCAAUCUAUCAACAAUGCCUCGAAUGCCAUAAAAUAUUGAGGCAUGCAAUGAAAUAGGAAAAUAUGACUUAAGGUUAAAAAGAGAAAAACACACAGUAAAAAGAGAUCCUACCAACCCA